AUGAAUGUGUUUCAUUGGCAUAUUACAGAUGAUCAAUCAUUUCCCUUUGUCUCAACCACUUGUCCAAAACUGUCAAAGAAGGGUGCAUAUCAUCAGCUGAAGUGCACGUAUAAUGAAGAUGAUGUGGAAAAACUGUUGGACUACGCCCGUCAACGUGGAAUUCGUGUCAUUCCAGAGUUUGAUACUCCAGCGCAUACAUUGUCAUGA